AGAUUUCUUAUGAUUGUUAGUCAUGGGUACAAGCUGUCCGGGGUAGUUUGCCAGCUACAGUUGUAGAUUUUUACAAAUAUUGCAGUUGUUAGAGUGUUAAUCUACCGGAUCAGAAUAUGGCAAACAUCACCAAAAAAGUGUCAUGGUCUAGCCGGGGCGAUGACAGUGCGCGCGGAGAGGCUACCCCGUUACUCAACGGAACCGAGGAAGUCAGAUACACAAGACAGCCAUCCGGGGGAGGUAUAUUUCACAUAGGCAGACUCAGUACGGUGGACCUGGAAGAAGAAAUCACAACAGAAGAGGAAUCUGUUAGAACCAGACCCAAUGAGAUCCCCCACAAUGAGAAGCUGCUGUCUCUCAAAUAUGAGAGUCUUGACUAUGACAACACUGAGAAUCAGCUGUUUCUGGAGGAAGAGAGGCGUAUGAGCCAAAUGGGCUUCAGAUGUCUGGAGAUUAGUCGCUGGGUCAUCUGUGGGCUUAUCGGGGUUCUCACCGGACUUAUCGCUUGCUUCAUCGACAUUGUGGUGGAGAAAAUGGCUGGGAUGAAAUACAGUAUUGUCAAGCAGAACAUUGAGAAAUUUACAGAAGUUGGUGGGCUCUCCAUCUCCCUUAUAUUAUGGGCUGUGCUAAACUCAACACUAGUAAUGAUAGGAUCCAUCAUAGUGGCCUUUUUUGAGCCCAUCGCUGCAGGUAGUGGCAUCCCUCAGAUUAAGUGCUACCUCAACGGAGUGAAGAUCCCGCGGGUGGUGCGACUGAAGACUCUGAUGGUAAAAGUAUGUGGCGUAAUCUGCUCAGUGGCUGGAGGACUGGCAGUUGGAAAGGAAGGACCCAUGAUUCACUCUGGGGCAGUAGUGGCAGCUGGUGUGUCGCAGGGCAGGAGCACUUCCCUCAAGAAAGACUUCAAGAUCUUUGAGUACUUCCGCCGAGACACGGAGAAGAGGGACUUUGUCUCGGCAGGUGCUGCCGCCGGCGUCUCCGCUGCUUUUGGUGCUCCCGUCGGUGGAGUACUUUUCAGUUUAGAAGAGGGGGCUUCCUUCUGGAACCAGAUGUUGACGUGGAGAAUAUUCUUCGCCUCAAUGAUCUCCACCUUCACUUUGAACUUCUUCCUGAGCAUCUACAAUAACAAGCCUGGAGACCUCUCCUACCCCGGACUCAUUAACUUUGGGGGCUUUGAGACUGAUAGUGUGACCUAUAACCUGUAUGAGAUUCCUCUGUUCAUUAUAAUUGGAGCAAUAGGAGGGUUGCUGGGGGCACUGUUCAACUUCCUGAACUACUGGCUAACAAUCUUCAGAAUCCGAUACGUGCAUCGGCCAUGUCUGCAGGUGUUGGAGGCCAUGCUGGUUGCUGCGGUGACCGCCACCGUCUCCUUCACCAUGAUCUACUUCUCCAACGACUGCCAGCCCCUGGGUCAGGACCAGACCACUGAGGACUACCCGCUCCAGCUGUUCUGUGCAGAUGGCGAGUACAAUUCCAUGGCUACCGCAUUCUUCAACACACCGGAGAGGAGCGUCCGCAGCCUGUUCCACAACCCACCAGGCUCCUACAACCCGCUGACGCUGGGGUUGUUCACCCUGACCUAUUUCUUCCUGGCGUGCUGGACGUAUGGGCUGGCCGUGUCGGCCGGGGUCUUCAUCCCCUCGCUGCUCAUCGGUGCCGCCUGGGGACGCCUCUUUGGCAUCCUGCUGGCCUACUUCACCUCCGGCAGCUCUAUAUGGGCAGAUCCUGGCAAGUAUGCUUUGAUAGGUGCGGCUGCACAGCUGGGCGGCAUCGUCCGAAUGACCCUGAGUCUCACGGUCAUCCUGAUGGAGGCCACGGGUAACGUCACCUUCGGCCUUCCCAUCAUGCUCGUGCUGAUGACGGCCAAGAUUGUAGGAGACUACUUCGCAGAGGGUUUAUAUGAUAUCCACAUCAAGCUGCAGAGCGUCCCCUUCCUUCAUUGGGAUGCCCCGGCGACCUCUCACUGGCUGACUGCCAGGGAGGUGAUGAGCUCGCCAGUGACCUGCUUCAACAGGGUGGAGAAGGUCGGCACCAUCGUGGACGUCCUGAGCAACACCUCCACAAAUCACAACGGCUUCCCUGUAGUCGUUGAGAUCACAGCCAGUGAUGAGCCUGGGAAAAUCUGUGGCUUGAUUCUGCGCUCCCAGCUCAUUGUUCUGCUGAAACACAAGGUGUUUGUGGAACGAGCCCAUUCGCGCCUCAGCCAGAGGAAGCUUCAGCUGAAGGACUUCCGUGACGCCUACCCACGCUUCCCCCCCAUCCAGUCCAUCCACGUGUCGCAGGACGAGCGCGAGUGCAUGAUGGACCUCAGCGAGUUCAUGAAUGCCACGCCUUACACCGUGCCACAGGAGACCUCUCUCCCUCGAGUGUUUAAGCUGUUCAGAGCUCUGGGCCUAAGGCAUCUGCUGGUGGUGGACAGUGAGAACAGGGUGGUGGGCCUGGUGACUCGUAAGGACCUGGCACGGUACCACUUAGGCAAACACGGGCUGGAAGAGUUGCAGUUGGCACAGACAUGAUAACCCUGUGGCCUCCAUGAAGUCUCCCCACCCUUCACCCCGAUGCCUACCGUACCUACAGUACCUACCCACCAGCUAUGCACCGCCAGCGCACUCCUGAGGGUGCACCCAGGAUCUCGGUAGUGUCAUAGUGUCACACAAGCCAAAAUUGGUGGACAAACGUGCACUUUUUUUUUUCCAAUAUUAGCAAGGGCUUGUUUUUUUAUUUAUGAGCGAAGUUGGAACAAACACGCAUUGUACGUAAAUAGGUACACAUGUUUAAGUUUCCUCAUCUUUCAUAUCAUAGAAACUCACACAUGUUUUGACAUUUUGCACUAUGUGAUCAUUUCAUUUCAUUUAUUUAUUGUGCAGUACUGUAGCCUGACAGUCGGGGGGCGAACGAGCCCUCCCUUACUUCACAGAAAUAUUGAUUGCCACAUAUGGAGGAGCAGUCACUGCAGUCAGACUCCGUAAGUGUUGUAAGCAAGGGUCUUUAGUUGGUUUGUGUCACUUUAUUAUUUGUACCCUUGAGUUAGGAGAUUAUCCAGGUGACCAGGGUGGUUAAGAUCCUGAUCUUGAUUUGAUCUCAAUGUAUCGAUGCACCAUGGAAUCACUCUUAUUGCCCUUAAACUACUGUGAUGCUUACCAUUGCAUUUGUCUUUAGCCACUUAAAGGAUCUUGUUAUGUUUUUUUUAAAAUAUACCAUUUUACAUGAUUUACAUUAUUUGCAAUGACCAAACAACACAGUGGAACCACAUUUUCACCUAAAGCAAUACAUGGCAACCCGACAAAAACACACUUGCAAGCCUCAGCACAUUUAGUGCUUUUUACUUGAGGAUGCCCUUAAUGUGGAAUUCAUGGCUGUUGGUUCAAUAGGGGGAUAUGGGGAGUUAUGAAACACUGGGGAUGGAAGCCUUAACACAGAGCACCAGUAAGUGUGUACCUAUGGCUUGUGGGUGUGUUUGUGGAUGUCGCUAUGCAUUGAAGGAUUCCAAGUGGUACUGUAUUAUUUUGGGUGAGGCCUACACUAAACAACUUUUGUCUACACUUGCAGACUGUAGAUAUUGUAUCUAUAUCUCCGAGCUAACAAUCUGGUAAGACAAUGUUAAAUUUGACGUGAAUGUAAGAUUUUUGUCAUAAGGUUUGUUAACUUAAAUAUGUAUGCACUGAACACAUUCACAUUUUCUGAACUGAAAUAACAAGGUACUUUAAAUACAUGGAAUGUGAAAUUGAACAAUGUGUUAAAAAAGAUUUUUCAUGAGAAUUUUAAAUUAAUGUAAAUGAGCAUUCAGAUGUUGAUCUAUCAUUUGAAGGAAAGAAAUGUGCAGUGAAAUCAUGUUAGAAACUGGAUAAGACAGACAUAAACUACCCUAUAAAUUAUUCUAUUUUGAAGAAAUAUUAAUAUUUAAGAAUUAUUUAGGUUUCCUUGACAUUGGUUGCAGUUUGCCUUCUUGAUCAUUGAACAUUAUUUUUACAACAGUCACUGAAUUCUCUCUUUGUGUCUUUGUGGAUCUUUUUGUACAGUUGUAGAUGUUGAAUGAAAAGUGAAAAUAUGCUGUAUUUUAUAACCAUUUGGACAUUUGUGAACUAAUAAAACUAUGGAUAUUGUU